UUUCACCACACACACACACACACACACACACACACACACUUUUUGGCACGACAGCUUUAACUGCAGACUGCAGACAUUCCGGUCGGGAACAGUUCAACACCAGUUAGGAAGAUGCUGCUUGUGCUUGGGAUCUUCUUCCUGCUCUUUUCGCCAGCGCUGCCACUGAAGUGCUACGUGUGCAGCUCAUCAGCCACCAAUGAAGAAUGCAACCAGAGUUCCCAGGAGUGUAAAGCACCUCUCAACACAUGCAUGACUGUCGUCGACACUUUAGAUACAGCAACAGCCAUAACAAAGCAGUGUGCCAGCCAGGCCACGUGCAGAGGAGCUGCCUCCACCGCCUCAGUCGACUCAAACGGAAACGGGAACGCCGUCAGCUGCUGCAACAGUUAUGACUUCUGUAACUUCAGCGGAGCCGACUCCAUCAACAGAAACACCAAGCUGCUGCUCCUGACUGUCGGUGUGGGAUUUCUGCUGUCAUGCUGAGCUCAGUGGGAUGUGCAAACCGUACAAACUACACCGCUGCCGUCUUCACACUACCUGGAAUCUUAUCCAUCUUGUAAAUACUGUUUAUAUUCGAGACUGUUUAACAAAAAGCUUUUAAAAUAUCACUGUGUACUCCACAUGCACAAUUAGAUAUCGUAGUAAAUGUGUCAGUAAUACUGACAGACAGAGCUAAUUGUUACACGUUAAAGAGUCUUCUAUAUUAAAUCAUGGCUCUGGCUCAGAAAUUGACUUUAGUGUUUAAUUCCACAAAAAGUAAAGGCAGUAAGCUUAUAUUAGCUUAUCUGACAGAAAUCUGUGGAUUUAUCUGGUAUUCCUGGAUAUUUGAUGGUCAAAAAUGUCUAUUAUGCUCAAGAAAUGAAUGCCCAGUUACAAAAAUGAACGAACAUUAACAUUAGUUGCUUAAAAUGCUUAUGAUUUUCCUUAGUUUACAGUAGUUUCAUUUUAAUGGAGAGAGAGACAGAACAAGAAAAUAAAUAUAUUGAUUUGCAUGUCAGUGAGUGAAAGUAUUUAAUCCUAAAACAUGACUUAGUACUUGAUGGAGAAACCCAUGUUGGCUGCAGAGUGGUAAGAUGUUUCUUGUAGUUGGUCACCAGGUUUGAACACAUCUCAGGAGGAAUUUUGGUUAGGUUGAUGCCUCAGAGCUCAUUUUGGUUUCAUCUGACCAAAGCUUUUCCUCCCAGGCCUUCUCUGAAUCAUGUAGAUGUUCACUGCACAGUACAUGCACCUUCCUGAGCAGGGAUCUUUUGGGUGCUGUAAGAUUUCAGCCAUUUCCGCCAUCACAUCCCCACAAAAACCUCAGCAGCCCAUCCUUGACAUCAAAAUCCAUGCUUGUCCAAACAACAGCAUUGUUGUACAACAGGCUAUUAUUGUUAUAUACAGUGCAAUGUGUCCUUUCUUAUUAUAAGAAAGUCUAAUUCUCUUCUUUAUGAUUUUUCUGAAUGCUCUUUAAAAACAUCUACGCCAACAUCAACUUGAAAUUAUAAAUAAAUAAUUAAAUACUUAAAAUUAAAUAAUUAAAUAAAUCACAAUCAACUACAAAGUGGACAGACUUAUUUCAUUUCAUAAUUAUUUUUAUUCCAUUGGUUUUUUUGUUUCCUCCUAUUUGACAAGAUGGCUUACUUAGCCCAGAAGACAAAAUAAAUACCAGUGUUUACUAGUACGAGUUCUGUACAAUUCACCAGUGAUACACACCAGUAUAGCUUACAAUAUACCAACAUGAGCAGA